GCACGUACUGUUCGUUGUACAAGCCUCCUGGCAUGCAGGAAAUACGGGCGAUGUGGACGCAUCGCUCUAGCAAAAAGCUCAGCCUAACAGGGGAACCCUGGGUAUCACUGGCUCAUGAGGCGACACCGGAUCUCGCGUGAUCGAAGUUGUACAGCUACUGAGCACUUGCAAAUAUAGGCUCCCUGGCUAUUAAGAACGACGGUCCGGAGUGCUGACGAUUGCCCUGGACUACAGUGAGGGCACCGGCGCCGGAUACACUUCUAUGGGUGGGAUGGUUAAGCCGAUGACUAUCUGAGGAGGAGAACGAACUGACCAAACUAGUGCGCAAGGGGAGGACAACCCCGAGUCUCGUUCUUAUUCUCAAUCUUUGGCUGUACGUAGCCAAAGUCGCCUACCACGACUAAUUUUUCUGCCUUUUGCCCCGACCAGGUGUCCUGGCUCAAGGUACUCUCGUCUCCUUCUCCGGCAGUGGUCUGGCCCCUCGGUCUGUCGAUGGAAUGACUCAGGUAUGUCAGCUUGCGCUGUGCCCUUACUUGUGAAAUUCAUGCAAAGGGCGCCUACGUGGUCCUGGUCUCCACCGUCCUUGAAGUUAGGGGCGCACUUUCGAGUGGGUGUUCCUCCUAUUGAAGGUUUUGUCAUGCAGUAGCUUCGCCCCCAGAUGCCACUGAGUUUGCUGGACCAAGCUAAGGAUGCCGACUUGGCUCAGCCUGUUGCUCCUCCCAUUCCGUUUAGGUCCCAUGUCUGUCAUGCUGCCUGAAACCGGAUGAACCGAGAUGUCAACCGUUGCUAUUGCAGCGUUCCUACACCUGGUUGGCACGAGUGUCGUUCAUGCCAAUUAUGCAAGUACAAAGUCCGCCGCAGCCACGCAGCUAUCAGCCUGGCUGUACGGGUUCGCGAGGUGCUCGUUCGUUGGGAUCCCACGCCGUUGGGCACCAUCUCGUCCGUUCAGGAGACCACUUUUCAAUCCAGGCAUUCUUGAGGACGCGUCUGGCAAGCUUCACCGCUCCUUCUGGGCGUCCUUGCGAAGUCUCGGGGAGGGCUCUUUCGACUGCUCAAUGAGAUGUAUAUUACGCGGUCUCAUCUCACCCACAAGCCCCCAAAAGCUACAAUACUAUGUUGGCCCAAGUGAUUGCAAUCAGUCCCAAUAGAGCCACGUCUACUUCCCCCGGCAACUGCCCAUGAUGCCUUCUCGAAGAGAGCGUGGGUCUCGGAGCACGCGUUCCCAUGUCAGCAGAUAUUCGAGACACAUUCACUCUUGUGCGCUCGGAAGAUUCCUCAUCCUCUGCCGAUUCCUGCGACACGAUGACUUUAUGGGUGCAUUGUGUUAUGGACCCCCCCGGUCCUGGCUGUGCGAGGCAAGAGAAGCACGGCUGCUUUUAAUUCUUGCCAACGCCCUGACUGUGUCAGGUCCAGCCGUGCCCAGCGACAUGGAAACGGUCGGUUCGAACGCAAUCUUGGCCAUCGGCCACGAAGCAGGUGAUAUUGACCAAGCCCGGAGCCGGGCUCGAGACUUGGAACUCCUCGCUCACAUCGGGGCACAGUUCACUAUGGAUUGAGGCUUCCAAAGAAUUCGUGGGGGAAGGGUUCUUGAGGAUCAGUCAUGCGUGCAGACACAGAUCCCCCUGCACAUGCCUGCACCUGCAUGCCGGGCUAUAGAGUAAAGUAAGAGCAGAUCUGGAUAGGCUGCCUUAUCGCGGUACGGGCCGAACAGAAAGUCAAGGCGUGUUCCUAUUCUCAUCGAGACAAGACAUCUCACCGAGUAUCUCAAUGGCUUUGCACGUAUACCAAUUUAUUGCUCACCGCUCUGCCUCAACUGGCUCAACACUGUUCAGGCAAUGGCACGUGUUUCCUUUCUUUCUUGUUCUUCCUCUCCUCCAUUGAUUCCCAACCAUGUCGUUGACAGCAGGGUUUUUUGCAUGCAGUUGAAAUUUACUUUGGCUAUAGGAUAGGCCGCGAAAUGAGUGGAGCUGGAACCAACGGAUCCUCAUUCCUAGCGAUAGGGCCAAAAUGACGGCGUCGAAGGGAUGGCGAUUGGUCGCGGGGGCCCUCUGUGGCCACGAACACUCGUUCGUCGGUUCAGAGGCCACACCGUCGCCCUCACCGCCGAAUUGGCAAUGCUCAAGUGAUCCCUGUUUUUGUCUGCGUUUACUGAGCCAGCUGGCGCCGGUAGGAUUAUGCAUGAGAUGGCGAGGCGAGCGUCAUUGGGAAGACGAUCGAGGAGGAGAAGCAGCAUGCGACUAGUACGUUAGCCAACAGCGGAAACCAAUAAGAACAUGUACUAAGGACGCUAUUUCUACGCCGCGCAACUUAGCGCGUCUUGUCUACCAACGCAUCAGCUCAGGCUGUGCAUCCGGAUCCUUCAAGUUCUUGUGUACGCAAGCUCCCCCAGUCAACUCUCUCCAGUGACAGUAGGUGGAAGCGUACGGUACGCAGUGUCUCCUGCGUUGCUCUGCUGCGGUCACUCGCCUACUACUCCUAGUAUGUGGAAGUACAUGCCAUCCACGAGCAAUCUUUUUUCCGUCAGUCCGUUUGAUCCAACCGGACCACUGUCGGGGCUACCAAACCGGUGACAUGGGCAGUUCACGAUAUUCGCCUCCUCCGUGCUUUUUUACCGCUAUGAUCGACUCCCAGUCUAGUACCACGGCCAUCUUCGCUGCUGCCUCUGAUGUCUGACGAUCGAAUAGUUGGAGCGCUACGUCAACCUGUGGUUGGCUCCACGUAGUACAGCAGUUGGUCAAUAUAGGAAUGAAGGGCAAUUCCCAACCAGGCCGCCUACAAAGUGGGCCGUCACCUAUGCGGCCCUGGGGUCGGCGUGACAAGAAGACGAGUACCUCCAAAAGCCUCACGUUUCAAGAAAACUACUCAAAUACACCGCUUGUUGUCACACCUUCGAUCGGUACGAUCGCCUGAUUAGCCUGACUCAUACUGGAAGAGACAAGAAUUCGACCUGAUUCUGGUGUUGUCCAGCAUGGGCCAUAUCCUUGCAGAAGCCUCUCUCAUCUCACAGAUGGGAUUUUUGCGCUCCAAAUUGUACACUAGCUGAAAGAUCCUUGUCCGAUUCUACUACAAGGUCAACCGCUGUCACCGACGGCCUAUUCAGAUCCCCGCAAGCACCUCACCACUCUCAACGGAAUUUGACCUAUGCUCUUGCCCGCAUGAUCAUGACACUUCGACUCAACACGGGACAACUACACUCCGCUUCUCAAACCCCUGGGAAUGAUUAUCAUGGCUCAGUCAAGGACAGCCGCAACUUUUUUCUUUCUGUCCUACCAGAAGAAAACCUGCGCAGCCGGCAGGAAUAGAUCCAUGAUGGCCUUGCGUGGGGUCAUAUUGAUGCUGCUCCAUGAAGAACCUGCCACGAACUGACAAACGGCCAUUAGGCUGUCACACUCAGCUCAAACGUGGUUUACACCGUUUCUUCGGCACCUUUCCAAGACAAUCUCAGAGUUCACCCUGUUGCUCGCUUAUAGGCACGGUGUACUUUUCGCAUUUUGCAGAAAAUAGCGUCACCAUAGUCGGCUGAGCGGAUUACCAAGUUCUUGGGGAAACUCCGAGAGGUUCCAAUCCCAGUAAGAGCGCCAACAGCUUGGUAUCGUACCAGGCUAUUAAACAUGGUUCAUAUGGAGGCGCUACUGGCUCGCAGCUGCUCUUGGUGAGGUUGGAUCGUGCUUGGGGUAAGAUCUCACAAAAUCAUCGCCUCGAACGGGCUGUGACCCUUGACGAGCAGCCUGACACCGUGGAGUAAUUGCAUGGGCAGCCAGGUUCACACCAACGACCACGGCCCGGAGGCCUAUAACCUUUUCCCCGAUGCAUGUCGUCGCACAGGGAAUUUCAGCCUACUCUUUCUUUGUCCAUACGGUGCACCUAACUACGUGGGACUUGUGCUCUCGGGGAAGUACGGAUUACGCCUAUACUUGCUCAUUAGGUAAGGCUCGAUAACUAUGUUCGAGCUUUAGGUCUUGCCAGGUCCCAAGUCGAGGUGACCCUACCGCUACUCUAGGUAUCCACAUUCCACAAGGUAGAGUUGGAGUCCUGGCAGCAACGCCCAGUCUCCCAAUGGCAUACAGCCACCCACUCUCUUCCUCUUUACAGUGCUCCUAGGGUCGUCUCCUCGAUCGGCUUAGCUGCUGGUCUGUUUACCUCACCUAACCAUCAUGGAAGCUCCAUCACCCCUAGGUGCCUAGCAAAAGACGGCGCUCGGUAUUGGCUAUGGCCGGUUCCACAACAAUGGCAGGAAAAAGUAGCAACAGCCGUUCAGAGACUGCACUUACUCGGCAUAUGGUCUGAUGCUGUUGCCGUGUCUGAUGAUUUGGCACUCCUGCUGUACUCUGCAGGUGGACAUGGGUUAGCCUGCAGGUAUAGGGACAUUGACACAUUGUAUGCACAGGGUACAACUACAUCUGCUCUCUAACCAAUAUCAGGUCAACUUGAAAGGCCCGCUUUGCCCUUUCGAGGCCUAUGAGAGGCAGAUCUUCACACUUCUCGUGAUUCUGUUUCUGGAAAUGGGCAAAACUUGGAGGAGGUGGAAUGGUAGAUUUGUCAGGCGUUGGCAUCGCCCUACAUGGGUCUUUGUUGGUUGUUCUUGCAACCGCAGUUUAUAGCCAGGAUCCUGGAUACUGGCCGAUAGCGAGCUCCCACGUCGCAGACUGGUCCUCUGCAUCGAGUAUUCGUCAACAUACAUGGGUCCAGCCAGAUCUGGCGACUCUGCCGGCGUCACCGCCUCACCGACAUGAAAAGAAAUCAAGAUCUCCUGGUCUGUCCUGUUCUAGCCCCUGACCAAAAGGACCAUACGACGAAAGUCAUAUGAUGCUCUGGAGACCAUUGGCUCAAGUCUCUAACGCUUCGUACUAGUAUAAAUGUCGGCGUGUCUCGUCCCUACUCAGUCGUUGUUCGACUACCCAGUGGAUUCUGCAGUUAUUGAACCCCUAUCAUCAAACACCGCUGCUGACUAAACCUCUCUGUUUGUCCUGCACUACAAGGUAUUGCCGCCGGGCUUGAACCUCCUACUUCUUAUUCAGGAUGGGAUUAUACGUUCCAUCAAGCCAUGAGUCAAGGACCAGCACAAGAAAGCCAGCGAUGCCACGAAACACAGGGCAGGGGGCCGCCGGGGCUGCUGACCAACCCCUCGAAAAUGCACCCAGGAUUGACUUAGCUCAAGUUGGAGCCCAAUUCGAUAGCAACACUCCAACAUCUUCUGCUGGCAGUUCCGGGGUUCCGAAAGCAAUUGAAGACAAAGCUACUCAAGGGCCUAAGCUUUGAAUCCAGCAGAGUUUGAGAAAGGGCGCAAACCUGCUGGGAUGACAGGCUCUCAAAACUGGGACGGGAGUCUGCGGAAUUUUCUUCUUUGGCAAAUAGUUGCCAUGCCAUUCGCUUGGAAGUUGAAGGAUUUCAUUGAUGACCACACGGACGAAAUGCCAUUCAGAGACCAAAAUCAACAUGUCAUAUCCCACAACCUCGCACAGGCGUGUCGCUCUGCAUGCCCCAGAAUCUUUGUAACACCGCACCUGUCACAUUAUGCUUGAUUGAGAGUGGCUGGUUGCACAUGAUUGCUACUCUGAAAUAACUACAACGCAAUACUCCUUGCUGAGAGAUACAAGCCCCAUGUGCCUGUCAUGAGCGUGGCAAGGAAAGAUGCAUCAUGCCUGCAUGAACCAUGGUACCCAGAGGAGAGGACACAAACUUUGUUUCCCUAUUUGUUUCUGUUCCAAUGCUUGUAUGGAUGGCAUUUCCUCUCUGAACCUUGGUCUUGUCCGCUUUGGGCUGUCUUUUCACCAUGUACAGCGUCCCAAGCCAAUGGGAGAAAGGAGACUGGCUUUCCGUCAACCAAGCAAACUCCAGCAUUCAAAAGUCCAAAUUUCAAGCAGAUCGUCGAUCAACCCCAAUCCCUUUAUGGAAAUCUCAGGAGGAUCAGGCAUGUUCCACAAACACGCAUCACUCUUGUCCUUUUCCUUCUUUUUCCACUCUCUAGGUGGCCCCGUUUGCUGUCCCUGCCGGCUAGCCAAUGAGAUUACCACUUUUUGCCGCAUCGGGCCAUGGACCAUGGUCGAGCACCUCGUUCGACUACUUGAAUCUCGAUCUUUUCGACCUUGCAUAGCUGUGGGUCAGUCAACUAAGGCUCCAUGCGAGCUGAUUGCUAGAUGUCAUACGUCAUGUGUUCUAACAUCAGCUUCAUGCUUUUCCUGCCCGUCAUACAACAUAUCCAACAACCGAUCCGAGAUGAAGGCGAGCAAAGCACAUUUUAUCACGACAUAAUCAUUCAGUCAGGUCACACAUCCAUAUAUCACACCCAAAUGGCAAUGGCCAUGGCCCAUGGCCAUGUCUUGAUAAUCGUCAAGCGUGGAUCGGACAGGGACAGGAGUCAGUACCAUAUGACACCGGCACAUGGCACAUGGCUCAUGGCUGGUUCCACAGAUGGUUGCAAAGGCCAACUCAACCGUGGCCGCGGACAGGAGGCAGUUCUUUCGUUUUGUUUCAGAUGAUACACCUGUUCUUCGGGGACUAGGGUACCUAGGUAGUGAUCCCAUCUACAGUAGCCAAUACUGACGGGCGGUGCGGUCGGCCUCAAGUUUGAUGGAGCCCAGUUCUGCUGGAGCAUCGCCAUGCAUAUCAUAUCUUGCCCAUCGCUACGCAAAUGGAUCUGUUGACAUGUAAACCAACUGACUGGGUAUUGAAUACCUACCUACCUAUCUACUCAGAUAUGUAAAUAGUACCGAAACUCUCCUGGAUAGAAUACCUAGGUACUAGUGACUCCCAAUGUACACUGAG